GUGGAUGGACUUCAUAGUUUAGACAUGGAGCCCCCUUUAAGCAAGAGGAAUCCGGCGAUAAGAUUAGCGGAUUUGGCAGCGACUCAACCCCUUCCUCAUCAGAAUAUGACAGGCUUCCCGGGGUUGGGGGGGCAUCACCCUCUCUCCCACCAUGCCCACCUGCACCCUGGGGAGAUGGGCAACGACCCUGGAGUGGCACUAACUCCAUUUGGACCCGAGCACAUGGCACAGACAAAUGCUCUCAAACUUAGUCCCUCUCAGCACAUUCAGAGCCAUCCCGAAGCCCAGACCGCGGCAUCUUUCACUUCUGCUCAGACCACAGUUGGUUUCCCUGUGGCUCACCCCCACUCAGGCUACUCAAGCAGCAGGGACUUCAUCCUCAGGAGAGAGCUCUCAGCCUCUGCUAUGCAUGCACUUGGCGACCAGCAUAGUUCCGCCUCCUCCCCUCAUCACCAUGGCAUGUUCAUCUCCCCAACAGGUGCUUAUGGGCACACGGAAAGUGGUGCCCAUCCACUUUUCUCUGGACUUCACGACCAAUCGUCCCCAGGUGCUCAUCAUCACCAUGCCCUCAAUGGGCAGAUGCGCCUGGGUCUACCGGGGGACAUCUACGGAAGGCCAGAGCACUUCGGCCACAGGCCCGAGCACUAUGGACCCUCUUCUCUCCAUAGCUACAACUCCAUGAACCUCAAUGUGAACAUCGCUUCUGCUCCUCACGGAGCCGCGGGGGCGUUCUUGAGAUACAUGAGGCAGCCCAUCAAGCAAGAGUUAAUCUGCAAAUGGAUCGACCAGGAACUAAGUUCGAAGAAGCCCUGCUCCAAAACUUACAGCACCAUGCACGAGCUGGUGAACCAUGUUACGGUAGAGCACGUUGGGGGACCGGAGCAAAGCAGCCACGUCUGCUUUUGGGAGGAAUGUCCGCGCGAAGGAAAAGCAUUUAAAGCGAAGUAUAAACUGAUAAAUCACAUUCGCGUUCACACGGGAGAAAAGCCGUUCCCUUGCCCAUUCCCAGGUUGUGGUAAAGUGUUCGCCCGGUCAGAAAAUCUAAAGAUUCACAAGAGGACUCACACAGGGGAGAAGCCUUUCAAGUGCGAAUUUGAUGGAUGUGACAGGAAAUUCGCCAACAGCAGCGACCGGAAGAAGCACUCUCACGUCCACACCAGUGACAAGCCUUACUACUGUAAAGUGCGCGGCUGUGACAAGUCCUACACACACCCCAGCUCACUACGAAAGCAUAUGAAAGUCCACUGCAAAUCCCCCCCGCCCCCCUCCACCAACGCUUCCUACCUUUCAUCCACGAACCCUCUAGGCGCCCCCCUUUCGCCCUCUUCUGAAACGCACAGGAACCGGUCCACAAACCUCUCGCCUCAGGUUACCAACCUCAAUGAGUGGUACGUGUGCCAAGGGAGCGGGGGACCCAACCACCUCCACACUCCUUCCAGCGAUGUGCCAACGUCAGAUUCGGACGAUGAGGAUUCUUUCAGACACUCAGACCCCAGAACAAUGCUCUAAUGUUUACAGACAGGACAUAUUUUAUUCCCCACGUCAUCUCCCUACCGGUAAAACAAAUACUGGCCCUUAAGGGUAGGAGUUUAAUAACUGUAUAAGCAUAUCAACGAUUUUAAACAUCAAGUAGCCUAAAAUGCGGUGGAGAACAGACUAUGAGGAAAACAUGCCUUGAUAUGAGCCCUAACAUUCCCUGGAAUGAAGUGAAUGUAUGAACAUUACAGCACUGUUCAACCACAAACACUUUAUUUAGAUUGGAAUAGUCAGUAGGCAUGUACGUUGUUGCUAAAGCUACAGAAUAUUCAGUCAUUCAAAGAUUUGUUUCAUGAGUCACAUAGCUUAGAUGUAGGCCUAACUGUUUUAUUCUGAGAAGCAAAAGCCUUCUCAAAAGGAAAUGUGUACAGGAAGACCAACAUACACCCCUCAACUGGGGAUGAAGGUUAAAUUGUCAUUUACCUGAUCGACAUUAGCAAUCCCUCGACUUGUAUUUAGGUAACAUGCCUUAUCCAUUAUUGUAUAACCCCAGAGUAUUAGGCUACAAGAAACCAGCGCUGUUGCCAUCAGUAGUCGCUGACCAGCAUAUUGAGUAGCUAACUUGCAAAUAUGAAUGAAGCUGCAUUUUUCAUUUAAUUCGUCCAAAUAUCCAUUACACCAGAUGCAUCAGUUGAGAUGAGGUCAGGAAUGUAAACAAGAUUAACUAGAUCAGCAACAGCAUACAGCGGCAUAUAUCACCCGGAAAUAUAUGAUAAACAUACAAGUGUCUUAAAGGGUUCAUACAUUAGUUUGAAAAAAUUUAUACAAUAGCUAUGUUUGGAUGGAAUUUUGUAAUAUUUAAGAACUAUUUAAGACUAUAUUUUAUGCAACAACAAAAAAAUACACAGGUGUUACGCUCGUUAAAGAGUACGAAUAAGUCCCCUGAGAACCUAAAUAUGUAGGCUGACAGGCUUUGUCCCUGACGCAUUUGUAUAUUAAUUGUAUUGAUGCUCGUGAAUGUUAUUGUAGUUUUCAUGUUUUGUACAUUGUAAUUUAUUUGCUGGUAUCAAUGUCGUGCUGGAAUUACAGAGACACCAAAGAAUAAUAAUAUCAAUUUUGGUGAAAUGUAUUAACUGAUGCUUUUUACUGUGUUCUGUAAAGGAAAAAAAAACUAAUUAUUCUUACUUGAAUAGGCUGUGUAAUGUGAAAAUCCCUUUUCUCGCAUGCCCUUUGUAGUAAUCUGUCUUUGAGGCGCAUGGUACUGUUGGUUAUGAUGGAUAAAACGUGAUG